AAAAAGAAAUACUUACAUUUUAAUUUUCUGUUUUUUUUUUUGUUUGUUUUAAUUGCUCGUUGUUCACAUUUAAGUUUUCAAAAUGAAAUUAUUUUUAUGUGCCAUUGCUGUGGUGACGCUCUGUGUAGCGACAACAAAUGGCGCUGGCGCUGCCUUCGAGUGCCCCAAGCCGAACGGUCAAUUCGCUGACGAAGUGCAAUGCGACAAAUAUUAUUUGUGCGACGAUGGCGUCGCAAAGGCAAAGCUCUGUCCCGAUGGCCUUGUCUUUGAUCCACUCAACCGCAAGAUCAACAAGUGCGAUCAGCCCUUCAACGUCGACUGCGAGGAUCGUACAGAGUUGCAGGAACCUAAGUCGACCACUUACUGUCCACGCAAGAACGGUUUCUUCGCCCAUCCCGAGCCACACAUCUGCAACAUCUUCUACAACUGCAUCGAUGGUGAUGCUCUGGAGAUGAAGUGCACCGUUGGCCUCCACUUCGAUGAGUACUCCGGCACUUGUGUGUGGCCCGACACAGCCAAGCGUGAAGGUUGCGGCAAUCUCGAGAAAAAAUCUGAGAGCGGUUUCUCGUGCCCCAAGGAUCAGCCCAAGACUGAUGUGCGCGGUCAGGUUGUGACACAUCCCAAGUAUGCGCAUCCCACCGAUUGCCAGAAGUUCUACGUCUGCCUCAACGGUGAUGAUCCUCGCGAUCUGGGCUGCCAGCUUGGAGAGGUGUACAACGAUCAGACUGAGAUGUGUGAUGCGCCCGAGAAUGUGCCCGGCUGCGAGGAUUGGUACAAGGAGACCGAUGACAAGAAGGAUUAAGCGAUCCACCUAAGUUGUCUCCCCCCAAAAAAAGCAAAGCAAAAAAAAAAAAAAGAAAAACUUGGCGUGCCACCCGCCGUCCACG